CUACUUUUCGUUGUCAAAAUUUAACAAGGAAGACGCCUGAUGGGGAAGUGUCACUGAAUUUAGCCCCAAUUUUCUUCUCAGUUAUAUAUUUAUACAACUGCAUAUUAUUACCACGACUGUAUCAUGGCUGCUGAAAAAAUAAUCGAAGCCCAUGAUCACGUAUCCCAGGCUGAAAAGCAUUUAAAGACAAGUUUUAUGAAGUGGAAGCCUGACUAUGAUAGUGCAGCUUCAGAGUAUGCAAAAGCAGCUGUGGCCUUCAAGAAUGCAAAGCAGCUUGAGCAGGCCAAGGAAGCGUACCUGAAGGAAGCAGAAGCCCACAGCAACAACAAAGCCCUUUUCCAUUCUGCCAAGGCACUUGAACAAGCUGGUAUGAUAUUAAAGGACAUGCAGCGGAUCCCAGAGGCAGUUGAGUAUAUCGAGAAAGCCAGCAUGAUGUAUGUAGAAAAUGGCACCCCUGAUACUGCUGCGAUGGCAUUGGACAGGGCUGGAAAGCUAAUUGAACCAGUAGAUCUAGAUAAAGCAGUUCAUCUUUACCAGCAUGCAGCGUCUGUGUUUGAGAAUGAAGAUCGACUAAGACAGGCCUCAGAACUUUUAGGAAAAGCUUCGAGGCUCCUAGUCAGGCAACGACGUUUUGAUGAAGCAGCCGUGUCCCUUCAGAAGGAGAAGAAUAUGUACAAGGAAAUCGAAAACUACCCUACAUGCUUUAAGAAAACUAUUGCCCAGGUGCUCGUGCAACUUCACAGAAAUGACUUCGUGGCUGCAGAUAAAUGCGUAAGAGAGAGUUACAGCAUCCCAGGCUUCAGUGGGAGUGAAGACUGUGCAGCCGUGGAGCAGCUCUUGCGGGGCUAUGAUGAACAGGAUGAGGAGCAAGUCAGCCGUGUGUGCCACUCUCCUCUGCUCAAGUACAUGGACAACGAUUAUGCCAAGCUGGCAAUCAGCCUGACGGUGCCAGGGGGCGGGAAGAAAAAGAAAUCUGCGUCUGGUCCUGAAGGACAGGCUGGUGGAGCUCAGGCUGCUGAGGAGGAGGAUGAGUAUGCAGGGGGCCUGUGUUAACCUCCAGAUGCAGACACCCCACAUCCCGCCCGGGAAUCGGGAUGCAUGGUGUCCGGCUCCACGUCACAUCUAUCCAGACAGCGUUGUGCACUUGCACCAUAAUGACAGAAGCAUGGCAGUGUGGUAAAAUGUAUGUAAAUGAUAUAUGUCAUAGUUUAGGCCCCAUUUUUGAUUUGCUGCGGUCCUCUUAGUUUAUCCACCUUUCAGAAUGUUAGAAGGGUAACUCUAUUUCUGUACAAAAAUAAUGUAAUGGAUUACAGGUUACACAAGGAAGAUAAUUGGAGUAGUAAUAAUAUGAGUAUAUUUAAAUUAAUAUUUAAACUUGCAAGGAAUUAAUGUGCUCUUGAAGGAAUGUCAUUCAUACACUUAUACCCCUACAAUGAAAUUGAAAUAAGUUUAUCCUACUUUGAGAAACAUUUCUUAUUAGAACUAGAAAUUAUUUUCAUGUUUACUGUUCUGCUGAUCCUUAUGUGAUGGAAUGUUGAUUUCCAUCAUUUUUUCUUUGUUUCCAAAUCAUCGUUCUUUAUCAGAUCUGACAUCACCUGCCCCCCACCCCCCACCAACACAUUCUUUGCUAAACUUAUUUUCCGGUGCGUUAAAUGAUUUUUAUUGAACCAACUUGAUGAAUGACAUUUAUAGCUUGUCUUACUAUGAUUCAUGUAAGGAAUUUGCUGAGAAAGCAUAAAAACACUACAUAUAUACUAUUGUAUUUGACUAAAAUCAGAGUUAUUUUAAACUUUUUUUUGGUGUGACUUUGUAGUGUAUUUUGUGCAUUUACAGGUAAGAUUAAAACGCUGUUUCACAGUAUGUGACCUGUGUAUGUACAUUGAAAAUGGAACUGGACCCUUGUCAGCUUUAUCGCAAAGGUCCCUUCCCUCCACUCUUAGGAUAAUAGUGUCAGAUAAGUGAGUAAAUGUUUGCGAAAUGUCCAUACAAAUUCCAAAGUGGGUAUUUGUUUUUCUUUACUGUAAAGUGACUGUUACAGAUCCAGGCAUGUGAUCUUUACAAACUUGAUUUACUUUGAGAGAAUGAAAGCACAAGUGCAUGAAAUAACCUUAAACACCCACGGAGAUAAAUGCAUACUUUAUUUUAUAAAAAGUACACUGAACAGAAAGGACUUUAUCACUGCUAAUAAUUCCUGCUAUAUUUCUUGAAUGCAUAGUUUGAACCUUUACUCAGUUUCAUUUGGAUAGAAAACAAUGCUUGCUUUACUUACAAAGAUAAAAACCGUGCUUCGAGAGCCCUCCAUCUGGGGAUCAUUGAGACCCCUUGGCUCAAACGCAACGACAGCAAGUUAAUCACCACAACCUCUCUCCGCAGUCCCUCUUCGUGACACAGUGGACACUGUAUAAAACCUUUUCCUUUUGAGAUGAUUACUAUCUAUUCCUGAGAAAAAUAUGUCAUAGAUAAGACAUUGACCAGUCAAGUAAAAAUAAGAUGACUCACAGCCACAACCAUAUUCCCAGGUUCAAGAAAGUCUUUUUAAAAGUGGCAAGUGUCUCAGUCUGUUGCUGUUCUUUGUUCGAGUAUGAGCUCAUAAUAAACAGUUUGCCCAAACA